UCAUGAGACAAACUUCCUCUUUCUUACAUUAGAGCAGCUUUUUUGAUUUGUCAGCUCGGAAUACUAGUGAAAACAGCUUUCUCUGUUUUAUUUUAAACAGGAAAUGUUUGAUUCGCUUUGAAUCACAAACUGAAAUGUUCAUGUUGUUUCAACUCUGUGUGUGUAUCUGGAUGAUUUGGAUCAGUUUCUCAGAGGCAGUGAUAUCCUGCUUAAAUGAGGAUGGCCAGCCGGUUGACUGGUUUGUUAUUUACAAACUUCCCAUUUACAAGAUGGAGGUUAAGGGAAGUGGAGUAGAUUACAUGUAUCUGGAUCCAUCCGUCAUGGAUUUUCAGAUGAGUAAACAUACAAUCAACAGCAGUAAAGGAGCUGUAGGCAGAACACUGACCCAGCUUUACUCUGGAUAUACAUCCAACAGCUCAGUCUAUAUGCUUUACAAUGACGCACCACCAGAGCUGAAGUACCCAAGCAAGUAUGGACAUACAAAAGGAGUGCUGAUGUUUGACCAGUCUCAGGGAUUUUGGCUCACACACAGUGUUCCUCAUUUUCCUCCAUUUCCAGAGAGAAAUUACAGUUACCCAACUACAGGAAAAUACUACGGCCAGACUCUGCUCUGUAUUACAUACAACUAUACACAGUUCCCUCAAAUAUCAUGGCAGUUAGCAUAUCUUAAUCCACGUAUGUACAACUGCUCUGUCCCUGUGGCAUUUCGCCCCGAUAUUGCAGAAAUGGCACAAAUUUGUGAUGGUAAAACACCAGCCUUGAAAAACAGGAAGAGUCUGCAGAAGCUGAAAUCAGUUGGAGGACAAACUUUUUUCAGUUUUGCCAAAUCACACAACUAUGUGGAUGAUAUUUACACAGGUUGGGUGGCUCAAGCAUUAGGGACAGAUCUGCUGGUGGAAUCAUGGCUGCACCAGGCACACCGACUCCCCUCUAACUGCUCACUUCCCCGGCACGUGAUGAACAUUAACAGAGUUUGUCUCCCAGGACCUCAGAUGUUCAGAAGCUACGAGGAUCAUUCUAAGUGGUGUGUGUCCUAUGCUUUCAAAGACCAGUGGACAUGUCUGGGGGACUUGAACAGAGACGGUGGUCAGGCUGACAGAGGUGGUGGGCUGAUAUGUUCUCAAAACUCAGUCAUUUAUAAAGCUUUCCGUCAGGCCAUGGCUGGGUAUUAUCACUGCGGAAAAAUACCUUCAGUAGACUGAACCAGCUCCGGACUUUGGAGCAUGCAUUAAAAUAUAACAGAGGUUUUUAUACUUGAGUUUUGACUUGAACCCAGAUGUAAUUAUAAAAGUAACAUAAUGGUACAUUUAAUUAGAUGGGGAUGGUGAUUUUUGUUGUUGUUGUCUCCAAACUCCAAAAACAAAAACUCUGUUUUGUGAUUAAGGACUCUUAUUUUGAAGCGUAUUCUUUCACUUCCAGUGUUUAGUUUGUUUCCAUAGCUGCCUUGUUUGUUUCUAUAGUUACCCUUGUUAAGUUUACAUAGCAAUUCCCAAAUCCGGUGUUCCCCGCGCACCAAGUCUGGUGGUCCCAAGUUUGGUAGUCCCAAGUCCAGUGAUCUCAGCACUUGCAAGUCCUGUUGUCCCAAGUCCAGCGUGCUUGGAGGUCCUUUCACUGUCAUCUGUACUGCCUGUGAUGGCUACCACCAUUUUGUGUGUUUAGGUCACACACACACUCAGUUCCUCCUGAUGCAGUGAGACCUUCUGCAGCUACUCCUGUCACGGUCAAGGAGGCCAUCUCUGAACCCUCUGCCUGCCCUGUCACAGCCAUAGACAGAGCUGGCACAAGCUCAACUGUCACACUAGGCAAAACAUAGUCGUGCCACCCCCACUUCACACUCACAAUUUUAAUUUCAACAAUUUUAAGAUGCUUGUGAAAGACUGAAGAUUUUGUUGAUGAAAUUGCUCCAAAAUAAAAGCAUACAUAAGCAUG